GUUAUGUGACUCGGCAACAAAGAUUUGAGCAAGAGCUACUGAGCCGACUGAGCCUUGCGGGAUAAUUGGAAACAGAGCAACAUGACUUCGAUCGGUACCGGCUAUGACCUGUCAGCGUCACAGUUUUCACCCGAUGGUAGAGUUUUCCAAAUCGAAUACGCACUGAAGGCCGUCGAAAACUCCGGAACCGCAAUCGCUCUCCGAGGGAAAGACGGAGUGGUUUUCGCGGUGGAAAAGCUCGUCACAUCGAAACUCUACGAAAAGGGUUCGAAUAAAAGGAUUUUCACUGUCGACCGUCAUGUCGGUUGCGCCGUCGCUGGCUUGCUCGCGGAUGCGAAGCAGAUGAUCGAGACAGCCGCAAAAGAAGCUGCCAAUUACAGGAACGAGUACGGAUGUCCCGUCCCCAUUAGUUAUCUGAAGGACCAAGUGGCUCUCUACGUUCACGCAUACACACUGUAUUCGGCCAUCCGACCCUACGGAGCGAGUGUGCUCAUGGGCACGUACAACAAGUCUGAAGGGAGCAAGUUAUACUGCGUUGAACCGUCCGGUACCUGCUACGGCUACUUCGGUUGUGCUAUCGGCAAAGCUAAGCAGACUGCGAAAACCGAAAUGGAGAAACUGAAGUUAUCCACCCUCACUUGCCGUGAGCUGGUUAAGGAAGCUGCGAAAAUAAUUCACAUCGUCCACGACGAAGUCAAGGACAAGGAUUUCGAGCUUGAGCUCAGCUGGGUGUGCGAAGAGUCCAAUGGUCUCCACCAAGCGGUUCCCGAAGCACUCCAUGACGAAGCCGAAGCGUUCGCGCGACAAGCGAUGGAAGACGACUCAGACGAAGGAGAAGAUUGAAGUUCUAAAUAAAGCCUUAUGUCUCUAUUUGUUUA